GCGCGGCGGAACAUCGGGGAAUAGUUAUCGAGCACCGACGCGCCCUUGUUGACCCCCGCGUCACCCCAGCAUACUCUCUAUACGCUCCGUUCCGGCAUGGCACUUCUAGAUGCACACCUAGAGCAGAUCUCGCUCUGCGCAGCAUCAAUCGCAGAGUUGCCGUUCGCUCCGCCCAAGAUCUUCACCAACGCGUUGCUACAAAACCACGAUAUCACGAGCUUGAUCCGAGACACUGAACUUCAUGAACGCGCACUAUUCUCCGUUCCUCCACCACCAGCAGCCCCGAAGCAUGCCGAACCAGCCCCAUCAACCAACAGGCGCAACACCAUUUUCAACCCCAAUGGAGGCGGCAGCACCAGCACAGGCGGCGGCGGUGCGAAUGCCGUACGAGCACCCAGACGUAACACGGCUGUAGCAGCAGUUCUCGGCAAUGAGUUAGUGGAGAGGAUACGUCGAGGCGGUGGAGGAGGAGCGGGCUCAGGUCUCGGCUACAGAAUGUACAACAGCAGCAACAAGAACGAGAUUGACGUAGAGUCUCUAUUAGAAGGAGCCGAAAAGCUUCUUGGAGUCUACCCCAUACCAGGUGUCCACGACAAAAUCGCAGCCAUGCGCCAACGACACGCCCAAGUCUCCGCCUCGCUAGACUACUACGAAAACCGACUUGCUGAGCAACAAGCCCAGCUCGGUAAGCUUAACCGUUCACGAGGAGACUACGCGGACGAGGAUAUGGAUGAGCUCGAAGAGGAGCCUGAGCCAGUUGUCGUGUUGACAGAAGAAGACCUUCGGCGAGAGGAAGAGGAGACGCGUCAACUUGAGAAGAAGAAGAAAGAGCUUGAAGAUCGUGUUACUUCCAUGUCGCGAGAUAUAUCUGGUCUUCGGUGAUCUGGAACUGGUUAAGAGUGUGAUUUGAACUUAGGCUAGGAGUUACAAUGAGAUACCCCAUGUUUUCGCCUCAGCAAUGUGGAUUACACAAUGAUAGACUUCAUUCUUAUUCAUGAGUAAAGGG